GCGAGUUGUUGCGGUUGAGGUCCUCAUUCUCUGGCCGCUGCUACCAACAAAACAUAACACCAACGUGACUGAAACAAAAAACAACAUCAUAGGAUAUGAUUAUAUGAUUAUUAUGAAUAUGAAUGAGUCACACUCACACCACACGUAGAUCUUGUACACAUACACAUGUUGUUGCUUCUUUCUUCUCUCUCUCACGUUGCCACCCCAUCAAGAAAAUUCGAUCCUUCCUUCUUCUUCUUCUUCUUCUCUAUCCUUUAGCCCUUUACUCUCUCCAUGUUCCUUCAUUCAUUGUUCUGCCACUGAAAUUAUGAGGGUUAGUUGAGUUGGCCAUUGAAACAAACACCACAUAUCUGAUUCAUUUUUAUGUGUAGGAUAACGUGAGACAGGUUGGUGACUGCGAGGAGCAAAAACCACUUGUUGUUGCUGGGGUUUUGUUAGAGAUUUGGCUGUGUGCUUGAGUUUGACGGUCUAAAAUUUCAUUUGGCAUUAGUUUGUUGAGUUAGUACUAGGCAUUGUUGGUUCUGCAAAUGGUUUUCAAGCUUUUAUAGAGAAUUUUGUAGUUUAAGGAUACACUUUUUUCUUCGGCUGGUUCUCUGUUUAUGUUUGAGUGAUUCAACAAGAUGUCAAAAUUUGAGGGUGUUAUUGUCUCCGAUCAAUGGCUUCAUAGCCAGUUUACGCAGGUUGAACUUCGCGCCCUGAAAUCAAAAUUUGUCUCUUUGAAGAAUCAGAAUGGUAAAGUUACAUUAGGAGAUUUGCCACCUCUAAUGGUGAAGCUCAAGGCAUUCAGAGACAUGUACAAGGAGGAUGAGAUUAAGGGGAUUUUGGGUGAUUCAGGCACUGACUUUACCAUUGAUAUUGAUUUUGAAGCCUUCUUAAGGGCAUACUUGAAUUUGCGAAGCCUUGGUACAGAAAAACAAGGCGGUAUAAAGCACUCCUCAUCGUUCCUUCAGGAAUCCAUAACUACCCUUCUUCACACAAUCAGUGAAUCAGAAAAAUCCUGUUAUGUUAAUCACAUAAACAGCUACCUUGGUGAUGACCCAUUUCUGAAGCAAUAUCUUCCUUUGGACCCAGCUACAAAUGGUCUAUUCGAACUUGUAAAAGAUGGCAUUCUUCUUUGUAAGCUUAUCAAUGUGGCCGUGCCUGGGACUAUAGAUGAGCGAGCCAUCAAUACCAAACGAAAUCCUAGCCUUUGGGAGAGAAAUGAGAACCAUACUCUAUGCCUCAAUUCUGCAAAGGCCAUAGGCUGCACAGUGGUUAACAUAGGCACACAGGACUUGGUUGAAGGAAGGCCUCAUCUUGUUCUAGGGUUGAUUUCCCAAAUCUUUAAGAUCCAACUGCUGGCAGAUCUCAACCUCAAGAAGACACCUCAACUCGUGGAAUUGGUUGAUGACAGCCAGGAAAUUGAAGAGCUUCUUAGUUUGUCACCUGAAAAGGUUCUACUAAAAUGGAUGAAUUUUCACCUCCAGAGAGGAGGUUACCAGAAAACUGUUAAAAAUUACUCUUCUGAUGUUAAGGAUGGAGAGGCUUAUGCUUAUCUGCUUAAUGUCCUUGCUCCUGAACAUUGCAAUCCGGCCACCUUGGAUACUAAAGAUCCUACUGAAAGAGCAAAUCUAGUGCUUGAACAUGCAGAGAAAAUGGGCUGCAAAAGAUACUUGACCCCAAGGGACAUUGUAGAGGGUACCUCAAAUCUGAAUCUUGCAUUUGUUGCACAAUUGUUUCAGCACAGGAGUGGCCUAUCUACAGAUACUCGAAAGAUGUCCUAUGCUGAGAUGAUGACGGAAGAUGUGCAGACUUGUAGAGAAGAGAGAUGCUUCCGGAUGUGGAUCAAUAGUCUUGGAAUUUCCACUCAUGUAAACAAUCUUUUUGAGGAUGUCAGAAAUGGAUGGAUACUUCUAGAAGUGCUAGACAAGAUUUUUCCAGGAACAGUUAACUGGAAACUGGCAACAAGACCUCCGAUUAGAAUGCCAUUCAGAAAAGUAGAGAACUGCAAUCAGGUCAUCAAAAUUGGUAAACAACUGAGAUUCUCAUUAGUCAAUGUAGCUGGCAAUGACAUUGUGCAAGGAAAUAAGAAGCUCAUUCUUGCUUUGUUGUGGCAGUUGAUGAGAUUCACAAUGCUUCAACUUUUGAAAAAUUUGAGAUCUCAUUCCCAAGGAAAAGAGAUAAGUGAUGCUGAUAUCCUGAAAUGGGCAAACAGAAAAGUGAAGAGCACUGGCAGAACUUCUCAUAUAGAGAGUUUCAAGGAUAGGAGCUUGUCAACUGGUCUCUUUUUCCUCGAGCUUCUGAGUGCUGUAGAGCCCAGGGUUGUCAAUUGGAACCUUGUCACUAAGGGAGAAACUGAUGAUGAAAAGAAGUUGAAUGCCACAUAUACAAUCAGUGUUGCAAGGAAGCUUGGUUGUUCCAUCUUUUUGUUACCUGAGGAUAUUAUGGAGAUUAACCAGAAGAUGGUUCUCACUCUUGCAGCCAGUAUAAUGUAUUGGAGCCUGCAACAGCAGACUGAAGAUGCAGAUUCAUUUCCUUCACCUGCAGAUACUGCUACUACAACCACCCCUGAAGCAUCCCCAGCACCUUCAGUUUGUGGUGAAGAUGAAAUUUCCUCUCUUGGUGGUGAAUUAUCCAACUUGAGUGUUGAUGAUGCCACCUCUGACACAACAGUCUCUUCAACACUUGAAUCUGAUGAGCUACUAUGAGUAUAGUUUUCAAGGCUUUCAUGGGAUGAGAUGAGGCUCAAAUGUUUUAGUCUGAGCAAAGAGAACAUGCAAAAAAAAGUUACAUGUGUAAGCCUAUAGAAUAGAUGUGAAUAGUUUGUACAAAAUUUUAUUUGUUCUUUGGAGAGGAAUGCAAAGAGGGAACAGAAUAAAGGUGGGAGAGGAAAGAAGUGAAAGAGAUAACAGGGUUUUUACAAGUUUAAACAACAACUAGAUGUUGCUGGAUUCUUUUUUAAGUAGGUUCCACUAAUGAAUUUGUAUUCUGAUAUUCAUUACAUGACUGUGGGAAUCAAUAAUAAUGAGCUUUUCCAGUCAUUAUUACUCAUGGUGUGGCUGACAAAAUAAAAGCAAGGGGGGAAAAGAAAUGCUGUUGAGAGUGUUUUCUGAAUUGGAGGUGUAUUUCACUGGACAAAAUAUGGUGUUAUUAUCGUUAAUUAAAAAAUCAAUGGUUAACUAUGA